AUGACAGUAACGUACUCUCGCAGGGUUGCUGAUGCGGGUCUGGGGACCUUCUUUAAUCUGCUUCUGCGAUGGAAGGGCAGCAUCUAUAAACUGCUCUACAGAGAGCUCAUCAUCUUCACUGUGCUCUACUACUUCUUCAGUAUUGUUUACAGGUUUGUGUUAAAUGAUGACCAGAAGAGGCUGUUUGAGAAGCUGUCAUUAUACUGUGACCGCUAUGCAGAGCUCAUCCCUGUGUCAUUUGUGCUGGGUUUCUAUGUCACCUUGGUUGUGUCCCGUUGGUGGGGCCAGUUUGAGAACUUUCCCUGGCCGGACCGCCUGGCAGCAUUAGUGGGUGGUCACGUCCGUGGAGCUGACGAGGCCUCCAGGCUGACCCGGCGAACUCUGAUGCGAUACGCCAACCUCUCUGGUGUGCUCAUCUACCGCUCUGUCAGCACUGCCGUCUACAAGAGGUUUCCCACCAUGGAGCAUCUGGUGCAGGCAGGUUUGAUGACAUCGGAGGAGCUGAGGCACCUGGAGGACUUGCCUUCUCCCCACAACAAGUUCUGGGUUCCCUGCACGUGGUUCGUCAGCUUGGCUCUGAGGGCUCGAACCGAGGGUCGCAUCAACAACGACGUGGCACUCACGGCCAUUCUCACUGAGUUGAAUAGUUUACGGGCAAAGUGUAUGAAGCUGUACGGUUAUGACUGGAUCAGCCUGCCUCUUGUCUAUACUCAGGUGGUGACAGUGGCGGUCUACAGCUUCUUCCUGGCUUGUCUGAUCGGUCGUCAGUUCUUGGAUCCAGCUCAGGGUUACCCAGGUCACGAUGUGGACUUUUUCCUGCCUGUUUUCACCCUGUUGCAGUUUUUCUUCUAUGUUGGUUGGCUGAAGGUUGCUGAACAACUCAUAAAUCCUUUUGGUGAAGACGAUGACGCACUUUGAAGACGCAACUGGCUCGUUGAUCGCAACCUUACAGUGCUCUUGUUGUCUGUGGAUGAGAUGUACGACAACCUGCCGCUGGUUGAGAGGGAUAUGUACUGGAAUGAGUCUGAACCUCAGCCUCCCUACACUACUGCCAGCGCCGAACAUCGCAAACCCUCCUUCAUGGGCUCAGCUCUGGAUAUCAGUGUUCCCAAGGAGGAGAUGGAGUUUCAGUCCAAUCUGGAGCAGAUCAAAGAACACGAGGAAGCCAACUACUCUACUCCGCUGCUGGGAGGCCUGGGUCGUCUUCUCGGUGUCCAAUCCCCUAACUUUCCUCGCUCCUCCCGGGUCUCUCUGCUGCGCCGCCGCCCUGGAGCUCCACUAAGCCGCUUCCCUCUGUACCUGCACCAAGAGGCACCAUCAACUCCGAAUCAAGCCCGUCAGCCUUUGAAUCAUGAGCGAGAUCCGGACUAUGCUUUCUCCAACAUGCCCUUGUAUGAGAGACCAGGUUUCUACAGCUGCCCACAAACCCAAUCGCAGCUAGCGUGCCCCCCUGCGGUGGCCCCCUGCGGGUGCGCCCGCCCUCGAGCCUGGCCCGGCGAAAUCAGACACGACAGGUCGGACCGCAGCUUGUCUCCUCUCUUUGUUUUAACAGUGGGCUCGCAGUUGCUGCCUCCUGACACCCCAAACCACAUCCCCCCACCGCCGUCCUCUGCAUUCCCCUGGCUGUGUGAGGAAGGCGAGGUGCCAAGUGCCCCUACCUUCUCCUUUCCCGACCCUCCACCUGAACUCUGUCCAAUAUCUAAACUCAGACCCGGACAAGGCCUGCUGUCUCGCCGCCCUCUGCCUCCCCGCCUUACUCUAGACACCCUCCCCUCAGCUGAAGGUCAACCCGGACCCCUAAGCGCACUGGCGGCAGGAAGUGGAGGAGAAAGGGUGUUUUCGUUCACUCCUCCCUCUCGCACAGCGGCAGCAAAUCCCAGUAAUCCCAACAGCAGCUCUACCAGCAUUAAUGCAACAAGCACCAACAGCGCUGGCACGACGGGAAGCCUCUGCAACAGUUCAAGUCACAGUAAUUGUAGUAACCAUGGGAACUUCAAUGCCAACAUGAGGGCGAGCAACGGGGGCACCAACGGCGGGCUGAGCAAUAACAUGAACACAGUUUCCACUUCAGCGUCACCGCAGCAAGAAACUAAUCAGCAACACUCACCCAAUGAUUCAGGAAUCUCAUUGGCUGAGGGGGACCUGCUUGGCGUUUUGGUGGACGGUGGCGUGAACAAGGCCGCAGGAGGGAGGGAGCAGGACUGAGAGGAGGAGGUUGUGACAGACUGUUUUUUUUUUUUGUAUCACGUGGCAUUUAAAAUAUUUCACACAAACAGGGACGGAUCUACGUUACAUCUGAAGGGUCACCUGGAGCCCGCCGCACAGCUGAAAAGUAUUUGUUGCAAACACCGAGUUAAUCUCUACUUCCUGAUUAGCUCUUAUAGAACAAUUAACCUACUUGUAAUGCUCAAAGCAUCUUAUGAGAUUUAACCGUCAACAUGUGAAGUAAAAAUAAGAAACACUUUCCAGUUUCCAGUCAGCGACAGCAAGCCAAAAUGUUUAUAUUCUAAACGAACUUAGUUCUCAUCAGUGUACUCUUUAUAUCAGACAUCAGUAUCAUGGUUCUUUUGUCAUUUUGUCAGUUUUUUCAAUAAAAAAACUAAACUUUAAAUUAUU